CUUUAAGCAAAGCCCUUCUGGAAAGAGAGAAGGGAGAAUUGUUGGAGCUGGAGGGGGGCGGUGAAAGGAUUCCAACCCAGGGAAACUGGAGGCUGUGCCUUACAACACUGUGACUCAUUUUAUUUUUUAUCUUAUAAUUAUUCCACCCCUCUUUUGCUAGUUGAAGAUGUCUACGGCCCUCGUGUCUCCAACCAUCUUCGACCUGAGUGAACUUUUAUGCAAAAGUAACAAGAUGCUGAACUACAGCCCUUCAGGAGUUGGAGGGUGUCUAUUGGACAGGAAGGCAGUGGGAACUCCAGCUGGCGGGGGUUUCCCCAGGAGGCAUUCUGUCACCUUGCCCAACUCCAAGUUCCACCAGACCCACCUCCUUAGCAGCCUCAAGGGGGAGCCAGCCCCAACACUGGGGCCCAGAGAGAACCGUUUUCGGGACCGCUCCUUCUCUGAAGGAGGUGAGCGUCUACUGCAGCAGAAACAGCCUGGUGGACAAGUCAAUUCGAGCCGCUACAAGACAGAGCUGUGCCGCCCUUUUGAGGAGAACGGGGCCUGCAAAUACGGUGACAAGUGCCAGUUUGCCCAUGGCAUCCAUGAGUUACGGAGCCUGACACGCCAUCCCAAGUACAAGACAGAGCUCUGCCGCACUUUCCAUACCAUCGGUUUCUGCCCUUAUGGGCCCCGCUGUCACUUCAUUCACAAUGCCGAAGAGCGUCGGGCUGUAGCUGGCAGCCGAGAGCCCACCCUCAAUGAAAGACCCCGCCUCCAACACAGCUUCAGCUUUGCUGGCUUUCCAAGUGCUGUGGCCACCAAUGGGCUGCUGGACAGCCCCACUUCAAUAACCCCUCCUCCCAUCAUGAGUGCGGAUGACCUUCUGGGCUCUCCUCCUCUGCCUGACUGUGCCAGCAAUCCCUUCACCUUCUCCAGCCAGGAGCUGACCAAUCUCUUUGCUCCCAGCAUGGGGAUGCAGGUGCCCAGUGGGGGCUCUCCCACUGCUUUCCUUCUCCGACCCAUGUCAGAGUCACCGAAUAUGUUUGACUCUCCCCCAAGUCCUCAGGAUUCCCUCUCUGACCAGGAAGGCUACCUGAGCAGCUCUAGCAGCAGCCACAGCGGCUCGGAUUCGCCCAUCCUGGACACUUCAAGACGUCUUCCCAUUUUCAGCAGACUCUCUAUCUCUGAUGAGUGACCUGGUGUUGCUUCCUGGCUUCUUCCCACCUCUUUCUUUCAUUGUUAAGCUUGUAAUCUCUCUCCUCUUCCCCUGCCCUCCCCUUAACAUCUCUGGUUUAUAUGUUACAUAAAGAAAGUCCACUUGCCUAGAGUCCACUCACUGGCUGAAUCAAUAAGUGCCAAAAUUACAACAAAGUGAUAAUCGUUUACAAAUGUAGUGCCUUUUUAACAUUUUCACUGUGACUAUAUUACCUCUCCAGCUGCAGAGGGCACCAGCAGCCUCCAUAGAGCUCUGCACUUCCAGAUGUGCAGGGAAUAUCCGGAAACAGCAGCUGCCAUCACUGGCAAUGAUGCAAGAUCUUCCCCUUCUUCCUUUCCUCUGGUCAUUUUUUUUUUGUAGACCUAAGGGCAUGUGGGCACUUGUUAACAUCAAACCCUUUAUACCUUUUAAAGACUAAUCUUGCCUGAAUCUGCUCAGGUUAACCAGAAGAACCGCUGAAAAUGGACAAUAACUGUAACAUGCAUGGGGCUUAGCAACUGGAGGGGGAAGGCAGAUGGACAAUGAGAGACUUGCUUUUGGUGCUACAAGUUCCCCAUGUGCACAUGUGAAAUCUUCAAAAAAGAAGGGGGAGGGGGGUGUCUAAUGGUGUUCAUUCCACAUAUGCGAGUUCAGUGUAAACAAAGUUCCAGUAGUCAUAGCUUUAAUGGUUUGCUCUAGAGUACAAUAGACCUAUCCAUAGAGCACUCACGCCAAGCUUUUUAUUUUUUUUCUGGGUUUUUAAUUUUGUAUAACUUUUCAGAAAUUGGAGAGCAAAUUUUGCUUGUCACUGCACAACAAUAUAAAGCUUAUUUAACUUAUCAAAACGUAUUUAUUGCUGAAACCUAUGCUUUUUUGUUAAUUUUGUUCAUAUUUAUCGGGAUGAUGAAUUCAUAGAAUAUAUUCUUUUAUGUUUAAAUUAUGAUCUUCCAUAUUAAUCUUAAGAUUGUGAAGUCUUUUUUUCUUUCCCCCCUCCCCCACAGUUUAAUAUAUUAUACUACAAUGACAUUUUUGUAACUUUACACUUUUUGGUUAUUUUAUUUUAAAAAAAUGAAAAAUUAAUUUAAAAAAAUGCAACAGCUGUGUUCGGAUUAUUUAUUUUAGAUCGUUUCCCUUUUUUGUGUCAGACUGCAAAUUGAGUUUAAUGUGCUUCUUUGCCUCUCUUUGCCCCAACAAGGCCUUACCCACAUGGGGUGAAAUUCUGACUGCACUAAUGUCAUUGGGACUUUUGUAAAUGGCUUCAGUAGAGUCAGGAUUUUGCUGCUGGCCUCUAGAAUGUAUAUGCACAAGCUGUGCUGUGAGACGAUAAAAGGAAGACUGCUUGCUUCCUUUUUUUGUAAGUACUUACAGGAAAAAAAUCUACCCUUUUGUUUCAAGUGCCUAUAUAAAGACAUUCCAAAUGCAGUUUGUCUUUGCAUUUCUGUAUUCCAGGAUUGGAGUGUUCCUUUUUUUUAAGGUGAACAUUACUGGCACAAAGAACACAUUGAAUGUAAUUUUUCCCAUUACUGUUCACUACAUUGCCUUCCUUUUCUUUCCUUGUGUGAGUUUAUUUAAAAAAUCUUUUGUAACGACUGUUUGCAGUUUAAAUCAAUAAACCCCAAGUGUUUUUUCAAGAA